CCAUUCCCAGGCUGACCUGAUUUGCGCCCUGUCUGCCUGGUCCUCUCAUUUGCUUGUUUAAUGAGGCCAACAUUGGGCUAUUUUUGUUUGGACGCCUCUUCCAGCAAAGUACGACCCAGGCAGGCUGAGGGUCAUGAAGGCUACUAAUCUUGAGCGAGACAAUAAAUUAUGUUUUCUUUUUUAAGUAAAAACUAUUCAUUUACUUGCACAUAAUAUCUGCGCCUGCUACUCCAGUUACGCGCUCCCACUACGCCUACAAAAAAGAAAAAAGAAAAAAAAAAAGGAGCAGAAAGCGUGUGAACAGCUGCCUCAGAAGCGCGGAGAUUUCGGUAGAGAUGAAGUAACCAGCUUGGUUUCUCACAGAGCUCCUUUCAUUUACAUCAUCCACCCUGCGCGCAAUGGCACGGAGCGCUCCUCCCGCUGGAGCUGGAAGCUGUGACCGGACAACUUUUAUUUCAGCGCGGAUAAAGCGGCUCCACGAUGGCAUCUGAUGAAACCUCCACUGGGAAACGGUAACAGGUUUGCCAAAUAUCUCACCUCCCAUGUCACCGGGAAAAACCCAUGGCUAUGUUUAGCAGCGCAGACCAGCUCUGGAACGAGUCGGACCACCUCGGAUGGGAUGAGAAGAACGAGUCGGAUGCGUCCGGGAGGGAUGAGGGGGAGCGCAACUACUACGCCAUGCUGUACUCCCUGCUCAUCCUGGCCAUCGUGUUUGGGAACGUGUUGGUGUGUCUGGCCGUGUUGAGAGAGCGCUCGCUCCAGACGACCACAAACUACCUGGUGGUUAGCUUGGCUGUGGCUGAUCUGCUGGUGGCGUCACUGGUCAUGCCUUGGGCCGUAUACCUGGAGGUGGUCGGCGGCGCCUGGCUUUUCAGCAGGCUCUACUGUAACAUCUUCGUCACGCUGGAUGUCAUGAUGUGCACUGCCAGCAUCCUCAACCUGUGUGCUAUCAGCAUUGACAGGUACACAGCAGUGGUGAUGCCCGUCUUGUACAACACAACCCACCGUUCGAGGAAGAGAGUGUUUGUGAUGAUUGCCACUGUGUGGGUCCUGGCAUUCACAGUCUCCUGUCCCCUGCUGUUCGGUUUCAACACAACAGAUGACCCUUUGGUGUGCUCCAUUUCUAAUCCCGACUUUGUGAUUUACUCAUCCGUGGUGUCCUUUUACCUGCCGUUCAUCGUCACUCUGCUGGUCUAUAUCCGCAUCUACGUCUUCCUCAGAAUGAGACGGAAAAGGAUCGCCUUCGGACAGGCCAGCGGAAAAGUACAGCCUGGCUCUACUCAGCCUUCAAUGGAGACGUGUCUGCAGGAAGAGACUCCCAGGGCAAAACAUGACUUAUCGCCUAUAAGGAUUAAAGUGCAGAGUGUGGAACCGUUGGGUCCAUCGAAACCCAAUCUGCUCUCAGGCUGCCUGUGGCGCAAACGCCCUAAAACUGGACCAGUGGAGAACUCGAUGCUGCCCCCAGUGGACACGCAGAACUACUGCAGCAUCAGCCACGCCUCCUGUGGACGCACCGAGUUGGAUCUGGAGCAGAACCAAGCGGGGCAGGAUGCAGAGGACAAUGACCAGAUGGAGCUUCCUCCUGUCAGGAUGGGCUGCGAGGUGAAGGAUCUGUCAAACGGACGGACGCACACAUCACUGCGGCCGAUGUCUCAUUCUCAUACCAGCCAGCGAUUCAGGACCAUGCACGCACGGGAGAAAAAGGCAACACAGAUGUUGGCUAUUGUGCUUGGGGUGUUCCUCAUCUGCUGGUUGCCUUUUUUUGUGACGCACAUUCUGAACACCCACUGCCGGACGUGCUAUGUGCCUCCUGAACUAUACAGUGCUUUUACCUGGCUGGGAUACGUGAACAGCGCCCUCAACCCCGUCAUUUACACCACCUUCAACAUCGAGUUCAGACGGGCAUUUAUCAAAAUCCUCAGCUGCUGAACGGGAGGGAAAAAAACAUGCCAGGAGAUUAAAAUGGAAAUCAGACAUCAAGCUUGUGCAAUAACGCAGGCGUUGCGCAUUUGGUAAACUGUGACCCCAAGAAAAAAGUCGGUGGAGGAACGCAUACAGCAGGAUGAAGGAUACAGGGAGCAAUAAAUGCAUAUAAAAGUUGUUUUUUCUAACAAAGCUGGGAUUUGAUUUUUAACAGUAUUAUUGCCCGUACAAUACUAUUAUUGUUCAUGCACACUAUUUGGAGAACAGCACAAGGUGUUCUUUUUUUAUUUCUCAUAUUUUGGGGAUUUGUAUUGUACAAUAUAUGUACUUUUCAUUGGCACAGCUCCUCAGUUCGUGACUUGGGUCGAUAUGAAUCUAAAACCUCUUAGGAGCCCAAAUGGAGCUUUAAGGCUGAUAAAUGGAUGCGUGGG